AUGCCGAGCAAACAACGGACUUUCGAAUUGGUGGACGCGCCAAAAGUCCAUCGACCAAUGACCAGUAAGCAAGCAAAAAAAGCAUAUCAAAAAGCAAAUCGAACGCCACGAACAACGAAAGCCGAACAAAAGCGACGAGAUGCCGAAGAACUGGCGAAGCACAGAAAAGCAUAUGAAAAAGAACAAGCAGCUGCGAAAGCGAAAGCGGCAAGAGAUAAAAAGGUUGCAAAAGCAUUAGAGCAGAAAGAAGAAAGGAAGAGACAGGGGAUACCGGAACCCAGCAGAUAUGUUCGCCCAAGUCAGUCAAGGAUUUCUUUAUUUUUGAAGCAGGGAACCAAGAGAUUUCGGGAGAUGUCACAUACAGGUGAAGAGUCUGAAGGUACUAUGUGCGACGAAUUGGAUGACGAAUCGCCCGCAAAACGAGUUGCGCAUGGAAUUUCCGAGGAGGAUGAGGAUGAAAAUGGAAAUGAGGAUAAAGUCUUAUCGAAACAAAUUACGCGUCGCGAUUUUGAGUACGAAGAUAAAACCCAGAAGGAACAGCCUACAAACAAAAAGAGUGAGGAGGAAAUAGUCAUUUCGAGGUCAGCAAUGCUACCAGAAGAUUCCGAGGACGAAUUUGGAGAUUUUCCGCCCUUAUCAGAAAACGAUAUUUCAUUAUUGGAUACUAGUUCUAUGCAUUCCACCUCAUCAAAUGCGAAUAUAGGUAAAGUCAGAUCUGCAGGUUUGACAAGACCCCCGUUUCAAACACCUACCACGCCAUUCAAUGAUGAGCAGGAGCUACCACGGAUGAAGAAUUUUGAAAGGGAGCGAAUCUCGCCUGAUGAUCCAUUUGAAUUAGAGAAUAUGCUUGAUUCUCAAAUCCGUUCCGAAGCAGCAGAUGCAGUUUGCAAAUCAGAUAGUAAACAAGCAAUAUUAAUUGACGAAAAGGCCAAUAGAGACGACACAAAAUCUACAACCUCCACAUCAAGAAUGUCUAUAAAGAAUUUCGCAGAGGAAAGAGAACUUCUUUGGCAUGCCCCUAUUCAUGGUAGAAAUAUGUCAACUUCCCAAUCCAUACAUACUAAAUCACCAUUACGUCUUCCCAGGGGUUCAGCUACAAUAGUGACGCACGACAAGCAAAACAAUUCACACUCACGCACAGUACCUUAUGAUCGUCUACAAGAUCCUUCUUCCAAUAUAAAUUGCAAUACAGUUUCAGCACCAGGAACAAAUACACGCCUCAAUUCCAGGCCGCCAAAUAGAAACCCACCCCCCGCGCAGACAUCAAUGGAUGUUGCUCCAGCUAUGUCAAAGAAUGCUACUGUCACUGCCUCUGAAAUUUCAGUCUCUCGAUCAACCAAUCUGGAUCAGCAGGGCUCGCGAGAGGAAUUCGUUCACUCUCUUGUGCCCAAACCUCACCAUAUCAAACGAGAACCGGCUCAAAAUUCACCUGUUCAAGCCCCUACAUCCAAAUCCUAUAUACGCCCCGCACUCCAGGAGAAAUCUAUAAACAUGGGUCCCCCAGCUCUUCCCCAGAAAAGCAAACUUGGAACGUCCUUUGUUGCUCCAGUCAAUACUAGGAAAGCAACCGAUCCUUAUAGUCUUCCACCUUCCACGCAAGCAUUUCUUGAAUCUCAUCUUGAUGACUUCUUUCCUAGUGCAACUCAAGAAGCUAGAGAAUUAUGUGAAGAAUCCAUUAUAUCUCAAUCUUUCACAGACUUAGGUAGGAACUUUUCUCACAAACAAGACCAAGAAAAUCGAGGCCAUGUGAAGGAUAAUGUACCCACAUCAGCAGUUCCUACAACUGCUGAUGAUGAAUUUGGAGGCAUGCUAUCUACGCAGGAACUCAAGAUGUUUUCGCAGGAUUGGGAAAUUUCUGACUCAACGCCCCAAAAAGGAAAUGAGAGGGAAGAUACCAUUGAAUCACACAAAGAGAUAACGAUAGGAAUAGAAGAUCUGCAAAGCUUUAUUUGUAGCCAAGACUCAAUUUUUUCCAAUCAGGAACUCGCUGGAUUGGAGAAUGCGUCAAAAGCCAAAUCACCGAUGGCAGAUUUCUCACAGCUACCACAAGCUCAAAUUUCUACUUUUAGUCACCAUCAAGAUCGACCAGCAAGAUUGCAAAGCCAGUCAGAUGAACCAAGUACUCCACAGAUUGAUCCAGAUAUGGAACUCACGCCCAAACCAAAAAGAUCACCUUGGUUCAAGGAGAAACCGGAAGAUAAGUUUACUAAAAAGAGAUUUUUUACCGAGAAACCAGAAGAUUUGGAGGCUGCUGCUUUAGCGGAGAGUAAGAAAGCAUGGGAUGAAAUUAAAGAGGCAACUUCUUCUAAUAGACACAACUUUGACGAUGACCUUGAACCUGAAAUCGAUGGACAGCUUAAAGCUGCACUUGCUGAAAGUAAGGAGUGGGAUGAGGUAUAUAAAGCGGUUCUUCCCACACCUACACCAAGAAAGACUAGCGAGAGGGGCAGACGUGAGAUGGAUAUUGAGGAGGCAGAAUUCCAAACACCAUCACGAAUCAUAGAUAAGCAGAAGGGAGCGAGUGCUAUCGCGAACGAGUCGCAUCAAUUCAAAAGGGCUGCUAGUGUUGCUAGUACCGAUUAUGGUGAUGGAGAGGUUUCUGAUUGGGACGAGGUAUUGGAUGGACUUUGA